UGGAGCACACAAAUCCAAAUGGCUUGGAAUAGCGCGCAUUUUAUGCACUCAUCUUCUCUUCGGAUUCUAAUCGGCUAAGUCAGUCUCAAAGUCAGAGAGCACUUGAAUGAAAGCCCCAUUUGCUGUCUUAGAAAGAAUCCAGCAAUGGCGGAAAGCAAAGCCGACACAACUCGCCAGCACACUAUGAUUGUUUCAGAGGCCGGCGUUUCCGACGAGAAGCCUCCUAAGCCAAAGCGUGUUGCCUCGCUCGAUAUCUUCCGCGGUUUUACUGUCGCGCUAAUGAUCUUGGUUGAUGACGCGGGCGGCCACUGGCCUGUGAUUGGUCAUGCGCCAUGGAAUGGGUGCAACCUUGCUGAUUUUGUGAUGCCCUUCUUUUUGUUCAUUGUGGGGAUGGCCAUUCCACUGGCUCUCAAGAGAAUACCAAAUAGACUUCUUGCUGUGAGAAAAGUGAUUAUAAGGACACUCAAACUCCUCUUCUGGGGUCUGCUCCUACAAGGUGGUUUCUCGCAUGCUCCGGACCAUCUAUCAUAUGGAGUUGACAUGACAUAUAUAAGGUGGUGUGGCAUUCUUCAGAGAAUUGCCCUAUCAUAUUUGAUCCUAGCGCUGGUGGAAAUAUAUUCAAAGAGAGAACAAGCUGAAUAUCAGACAACCACCCAACUUUCAAUAUUCAAAUCAUACUAUUGGCACUGGUUGGUCGGGGCAUGCAUUCUUAUUGUGUACAUGGCCUUACUUUAUGGAAUAUAUGUCGCCGAAUGGAAAUUCAUUGUCCAAAACCCUGACAGCAUUUAUCAUGGCAAAACUUUAACCGUAGUCUGUGGCGUUAGAGGAAAACUAGAUCCCCCCUGCAACGCUGUGGGAUAUAUUGACAGAAAAGUACUCGGAAUUAAUCACAUGUACAAGCGUCCAGCUUGGAGGAGGUCUGAAGCUUGCAAUGAGAAUCCCCCAUAUGAAGGGCCUUUCAAACAAGGUGCUCCUUCCUGGUGUUAUGCUCCUUUUGAGCCAGAAGGAAUUUUAAGCUCAAUUUCUGCUGUUCUGUCCACAGUUAUCGGAUUGCAUUUUGGACACGUACUAGUACACUUGCAGGACCAUUCUUCUAGGCUGAAGCACUGGCUUCUUAUGGGCUUAGCUCUCCUUAUUUCUGGAGUCAUUCUUCACUUUACUCAUGCCAUUCCUGUGAAUAAACAGUUGUACACAACCAGUUAUGUCUUUGUAACAUCUGGAGCUGCAGCAUUAGUUUUCUCUGCCUUCUAUAUUAUGAAAUGUGUUAAUCCGUCUGGCCAGGUCGAUAUUUGGGUUUUGAAAUCCUUAUUCUUGCCUUUCAAAUGGAUUGGUAUGAACGCCAUGCUUGUCUAUGUUAUGGCGGCUGAAGGAAUCUUUGCGGCAUUUGUUAAUGGGUGGUAUUAUGAUAAUCCUCAUAAUACACUGAUAUAUUGGAUCCAAAAGCACGUCUUCAUUAAAGUAUGGCAUUCUGUGAGAGUAGGCAUACUGCUUUAUGUUAUCUUUGCAGAGAUCCUAUUCUGGGCUGUCGUUGCCGGCAUCUUGCACCGACUGGGCGUUUAUUGGAAGCUUUGAAUUCUCAUGGUGGUGUGAUUUAAUUUUUGCUCAGAAUGCUGCGCUUGUGUAUUCAAUGGUUCCAUGAAUCCCUUCAGUGUAAUUAUUAUUAUUUAUUCAAAUAACAAAAGUUAAAAUGUUUUGAGUUGGAAAUGCAUUUUGUACUGGUAAACAUAUGUACUGGCCCUUAUAAUUUGCUUCAAUAUUUAAUGAAGCACUUAUGGACUUACAGUUCUGCAGUGUUUAUUGGAA